CUUCUUUUCAAUCACUUGCAGAGAUGCUGACGACGGUUACUUUCUCGCUACUUUUGAGUGCAUUUGCCAGUGUUUUAUCGGCAGCAGAAGUGUUUCGGUUCUCUUCUUAUUAUGGGAACCACAUGGUUCUGCAGAAGGCCCCAGCCAAAGCAGUCGUGUGGGGAUUUGGACAGACAGGUGCCAAGGUUGUGGUGUCAUUGUCAGGACCUCACAAAGUCUCUGCACACUCUACUACUGUUAUCAAUGGUAUUUGGCGCACAACUCUCAAACCUAUGGAGGCUGGUGGUCCCUACAUAUUGACUGCAUCUCAGAGUACAACUAAUAGCUCAAUCACACUCACAGAUGUGCUCUUUGGAGACACCUGGUUAUGUAGCGGACAAAGUAACAUGGCAUUCACUGUUGGUCAAGUGAUUAAUGCAACAAAGGAGUUGGCCUUGGCUUCUAAGUUCCCUGAUGUGAGGAUCUUCCAGGCUGCCUUGGAGCAGAGUGAUGAGGAACUAAUUGAUCUUGCAAGAGUGGAAGUUCCUUGGUCCCUGCCAACAGCAGAAUUGCUUGGCGGAAAGAAAUUCAGCCAUUUCUCUGCAGUUUGCUGGCUCUUUGGUCGCUAUCUCUACAAAACACUGAAGUAUCCAAUAGGGCUAGUACACUCAAGUUGGGGAGGCACACCUGUGGAGGCCUGGUCAUCCCCAAGGGCACUUCAUAAGUGUGGAUUGGUGAACAGUGUUUUACCUGUAGACACUAACGUCUUGGAGAACGCCUCUGCUAAAUGGGACAGUUCAAUGCUCUGGAAUGCCAUGAUUCAUCCAUUACUCAACAUGACCAUAACAGGAGCCAUAUGGUACCAAGGUGAGGCUAAUACAAACUAUAACAGGGAUAAAUACAACUGCACUUUCCCUGUGAUGAUUGACGACUGGAGGAUGGCUUUCCAUGAAGGCUCAGAUGGCCAGACUCCACUAGACUUCCCAUUUGGAUUUGUACAGCUAAGCACAUAUCGUGAAAACGAUCCACAAGAUGGGUUCAGAGAAAUACGCUGGCAUCAGACCGCAGACUAUGGCUAUGCCCCUAAUGAGCGCAUGAAGAACACCUUUAUGGCUGUUGCUAUUGACGUACCUGAUGAUAGGUCCCCCUGGGGCAGUAUCCACCCGGAGGAUAAACAGGACGUGGCAUACAGACUUGUGCUUGGGGCAAGAGCUGUCGCCUAUGGGGAGAAAAAUGUAUCUUUCCAAGGACCUUUCCCUACUCGUGCCAUGCUCAAACAGGAUUUCAUUUGCAUUGUGUUCAAUCAGGGUAUUAGUGCCAUUGCCGAUGAUUUUUUUGAGAUCUGCUGCUCUGAGGAUAAGACGUGUGAAUCAGAUGACAAAUGGUUGCCUGUUGUCAUUGUAAAACAUGGCAUUAAUUAUGUUCAUGUAUCUACACCAAAAUGUCCAGCUGCUGAUAUUACUGCAGUGCGUUAUCUCUGGACAGACUGGCCUUGUAAAUUUAAAGCCUGCCCUAUCUACAGCUCUGAUGGACUCUUACCUGCACCACCGUUCAUCCUGGCCAUAACAAACCAGUGACCAACAAUAGUAAAUGUCUCUUAAUAUCAUAUAGCAGUGAUUUCAAUCCUGGUCCUGGGGGCCCAUUGCACAUUUGGUAUGCCUCUAUUAUCUGACACGCUCAGUUUGGUUGAUAAAGCUCUCUGCUGAUGAGUCAAUGAUCUGAAUCAAGUGUGUAAGGAAGACCAGGAUUAAAAACCACUGCCAUAUAGGGUGCAAAAAUAAUUAUAUGAAUGUGCAAACUGUACAAAAUAUUUGUUGAGAGAGAUUUUGAAUGUACUUCUGUAAAUCAUUUUGAGUGACACAAUUUAAAUAUGUUUGUAAUUUGAACUCUCUGAUUGGAGAGCUGUUUUCCACCCCAAUUUAAUCAGUUUGCACUUUAGAUGUGCCCUUUUGUGAAAGGUUACAAUAAGUUUACUUUUUAUGUGACAUAACAUUGAACAUUUUGUAUUGUCAGGCUUAGUUUUAUUGUCUGAGGUUGAGUUUUGUCACCAUACAAUAAAGCAGUUUUUCCUGUAAGACAUGGUCAAACAAAAUAUUUACGAGACACUCACAGUAAAGCAG